AUGGGCCGUGAACAUUCCCUGAGAGUACCUUUACCGCCUAUCCCGACGCCCUCCCGGUCGAAGCUGCCGUACACUGCAGCCCUGCGCAUAUUCAGCCGACCCAAAGAUCGCGCCGUCGCAGCCCGUAACAGCACCAGCAGCUUGAGCCAACCGCCGUUCGCAUCCCGCGCGCCUGCUCUCCAUCGCCUUGCCGGCAUCGCAGAUCAACAGCCUCGAGUGACGCAGCCUCUCGAGCCAACCCGAUCUCGACCCGCACCCCCUCCUUUCACUUGA